CCAAGGCUCAGACACAGAACCGUCCUCCUCUGGAGACAGAGAGACAGAGAGAGACCAGCGGUAGCCUCCUACCACAGCCUGAUCUCCAGCCUUGACCCGGGAACGACAAACCCGUAGCCAGGAGAGAACCUCGGAACGAGAUUGCCCUUGAUCGAACCAGCUCCCAGACCCUGAUCCAAAGACAUUCAGGACCAAGACUUGUAGAUUCUUUUUUAUUUGAAGAUUUUCUUUUUCUGACUUUUGACUUUGUUCAGAGUAGACAGAAGACAGUAGAUAUGUCUGCAGGAAUGAGUAACCUAAAAUGGACUUCUCUCCUCUGCUUCACACUCUUCUGUUGGGCUAGUGCCCAGGAAUGUCGUGGACAGUGCAGCUGCCCCGACGAGCCCCCUCGGUGCGCCCCCGGCGUAAGCCUGGUGCUGGACACCUGCGGCUGCUGCAGGGUGUGUGCAAAGCAGCUGGGCGAGCUCUGCACCAACAAGGACGUCUGUGACCCUCACAAGGGACUCUUCUGCGACUUUGGUUCACCCAUCAACCGCCGCAUCGGUGUAUGUACAGCCAAAGAGGGUGCAACUUGCGUGUUUGGCGGAACAGUGUACAAGAGUGGAGAGUCCUUCCAGAGCAGCUGCAAGUAUCAAUGCACCUGCCUGGAUGGCGCCGUGGGCUGUGUACCUCUCUGCAGCGUUGAUGUCCGUCUACCCAGUCCUGAUUGCCCCAUGCCCCGCCGUGUCAAGGUCCCGGGCAAGUGCUGCGAGGAAUGGGUGUGUGACCCACCCCAACACCAGACCUUUGUUGGCUCCGCCCUGGCUGCUUACAGGGAGGAGGAAACCUAUGGACCUGACCCCUCUCUGAUGCGAGAGAACUGCCUGGUUCAGACCACCGAGUGGAGCGCCUGCUCCAAGACCUGUGGCCUUGGCAUCUCCACCAGGGUCACCAAUGACAACCGCGAGUGCCGGCUGGAGAAGCAAUCGCGCCUGUGCAUGGUCAGGCCUUGUGAGUCCCACCUAGAGAAGAACAUCAAGAAAGGCAAGAAGUGCAUUCGCACACCAAGGGUCUCUAAACCCAUGAAGUUCGAGCUCUCUGGCUGCACCACCACCAAGUCUUACUGGCCCAAGUUCUGCGGCGUGUGCACCGAUGGGCGCUGCUGCACUCCCCACAGGACCACCACCCUGCCUGUUGAGUUCAAGUGCCUCGACGGCCAGGUCAUGAAGAAGCAGAUGAUGUUUAUCAAGACGUGCGCGUGCCACCGCAACUGUCCCGGCGAGAACGACAUCUUCGAGUCAAUGUACUACAAGAAGAUGAUGGGAGACAUGGCGUAAACGUGUCACCCAGGAGAAGCAAGACAAAAUCACACAAUCAGUGACUGUUCACUUGAAUCAAACAGAUACCCAUCUCGUUUGUAGCACAAUAUUUGUCUCUCAUUUCAUGUUUUUUGUUUAUGUUUAUUUACAUUUCUGUAUUUUUAUGAAGACACAAAACUAUUUGACUAUAUAUAAAGUGCAUAUGUAAGAGUGUAUAAGCGAAUGCAUAGGGCUACUUGCCUUAAGGAAAAUUGCCCUAAUGAGGGUAGGAAAGACAGAAGGCUGUAUACUGUGGCCUCAGUAAGAGUUAUACUGCACUAUGCGUUCCAUGCCACGAUGCGCCAUUGUCUCGGGUUGGCAGAUGCCAGUUCUCUGGGCACCAAACUGGCUCCUCUGGCUUUAAAACUCAGAGCACUUGCAGUAUGGAGGGUGAAGACUUUAACCCCAAAGGGACACUUAAAUACUUUACCCACCACUGUGCUUGUUGAAUGUGCUCAUAUUUUUUUCUUUCUCACUGUUGCAGACUUUUUCUGCCACUGUGUGAAUGACUGGCUGUUGUUUCAGCUCUUAUUGAAAAGCCACCGUCUCCUUAGACAAAGAGCCAGGUACACGUGCUUUGAGAAUUUACUAAAGCACUGAAAAAAAGAAACGUUUGACUUUGACUAACUGAUUUAGGUGACGAGAAGGGAAUCAGUACUUAGUCAAAAAUAAGACUGGAUGAUUUGUAGCUUCUUUCCUUUUGUGUUAUAAAUGCUGUAAAUAUUGUACAUAUUUUUGUACAGUUGUCUAAGUUAAUUUAAAGGUAAAAGCAUUUGUCUUUGUUUUCUGGCUUUGAUAUGUCCAUUGAUAGCUUAUUUGCUGGAGUAACUGUUAUUAUGACAGUUUGUCUACUAUUUUAUUGAGAAGUGUGACCGAGGAGUUACAUGUUUUCACUUUUGUAGUAUGAAAUAAAAUUAUUAUAUUUUUUAUAUAAA